AUGGGUUGUCAUUUUAGGAAAUAGCAAAAGCCAAUAAUCUUAGAUCCUGAUCUGAAAGACAAAGAAUAUUAAUACCAAAUAAAAGGUUAAGGAGCUAGAAAAAUGUAAAUCUACUAAUGGGGGGAAAUUAAUUUAUAGUCAAUAGGUAUAUUUCUGGAAAUAUUAGUUAGUUAAAAGUACCAUUAUGAGAAGAAGAAGCACUACUCAACAAAUUAUUUCCAUAAGCUGA